UUCUCUUGUGCAUUUUCUAAAGAUAAGAUGUACACAGUACCCUCCACACACAUUUCAUGUACUUCCAAUCCCCUAAUUUUAGGGUUUUAGAGUAUAUUCCUUUUAUACUACUUACUUGUUUUCACUAUCUUCAAUAAUAUGGCAGCUCACACUUCCAUUUUCCUCAAAAUCAGUUUUCCCGGUACAGAACCUUCGCUAUUCAAUGCCCUAAUUCGUAACAGAAGAAGUUUCUUCAGGUUUAGCAGAAUCUUCGUUGUCUCUUCGCAUACCAAUCAGAAGAUUCUCAAGCCCAAUCGCAGGUCUAGGUUCGGCCAGCCAAUUUCUCCUUAUGACUCUGACUCCGAUGCUGACGACGCUGACAGUUUUGAAAAUGAAGAAGAGGAAAACGACGACGUUUUGACUUCUGAUGAUGAAUCUCGAGAUGUUAGAGUUUCUGACCACAAUAGGCAGCGCCAGAAGUUUCAGAAUGCAGCACACAUCAGACGAGCCGGUCAUCACCAUUCAGAAAGAGGAUCAGGUGCAAAGUUGGGACACCAGAGGCAAACUUCUGAGAUUACCCAAGAUUGCAGAGAAAAGGAGGCAAAGGGGAGCUUGGCUAAGGACAGAUUUAGUCAUCUAGCAGAGGAACUAGAUCUGGAUGAGAGAUGGUUUCCACUUCUUGAUUACCUAGGUACCUUUGGAUUUAAGGACUCUCACUUCAUCCAGAUGUACGAAAGGCACAUGCCUUCCCUUCAAAUAAAUAAAAGUUCUGCACAGGAAAGGUUGGAGUUCUUGUUGAGUGUUGGCGUCAAACAUAAAGACAUCAGGAAGAUAAUUUUGAGGCAGCCUCAGAUUCUUGAGUAUACUGUGGAAAACAACCUGAAAUCCCAUGUCACAUUUUUGGCUAGUUUGGGAAUCCCAGACUCAAGAAUAGGGCAUAUAAUUACUGCUACUCCAUCCCUUUUUUCCUAUAGUGUGGAAAAUUCAUUAAAACCCACAGUGACAUACUUGCUUGAGGAGGUCGGUAUCGAGAAGAAUGACCUCGCUAAAGUUGUGCAGCUAAGCCCUCAAAUUUUGGUGCAGCGGAUUGAAACUUCAUGGACAGCCCGCUACAAUUUUCUAACUAGGGAAUUGGGUGCACCCAGAGAUAGUAUUGUCAAAAUGGUUAGGAAGCAUCCUCAAUUACUUCACUACAGCAUUGAGGAUGGAUUGCUUCCCCGGAUUAAUUUUUUGAGGAGCAUCGGAAUGCGCAAUUCAGAGAUAGUGAAAGUACUGACUAGCAUGACGCAGGUAUUUUCUCUAUCACUUGAGGGGAAUCUGAAACCUAAGUACAUGUACUUGGUUAAUGAACUUGGCAAUGAAGUGCGAUCAUUGACUAAAUAUCCAACGUACCUAAGCUUGUCGCUGGAUCAGAGAAUUAGGCCACGCCAUAGGUUUUUGGUUUCUCUAAAGAGGGCUCCAAAGGGACCUUUUCCAUUGAGUUCACUGGUCCCAACUGAUGAAUGUUUUUGUCAGCAGUGGGCAGGGACUAGCUUGGACAAAUAUCUUGAUUUUCGGCAGAGAUUGCUUCUAAAAGAACUUGCCAGAAAAUAUGAAAGACGAUAAUGUGUUUGAGCUCACUGGUAGCAGAGCUUCUGUCCUGUGACUUAUUAUAAGGCUAAUUUUGUGAAAGGAUUUUGAAGCACCUAGACGAAAAUUAAAGAUCAAUACACAUACCCAGGAACCAGGUCAUUUUCUUCUUUACACAGUUCAGGCAUACUGUUUCAGCAGUUGAAGUGUGACUAUUGCUCUACCUUGAGGUUUGAAGUCAAAUUGCACGAACACAACCAUAUAUUUUUAAGGUGAAGCGUGUGUUUUUUUAUAAAUUUUUUGGGAAUUUAAUUGUAAGUGUAAUUAUAUAUGGAUACAGUGGUAUAUUGUGAAAUACUGCACAGAAUUUUGACAUCAUCCGCUGGCUGUGCCCUUCAGGCUUUUGUAAUCUGGGGCCAUUUUACUAGACUUUUAUACCUUGUUGCAAAUUUUCACAAUGCAGUUUUGGUUAUUGGGAUUGAUUUGUUAUCUAGUUCUCUAUUACAUUUGAAAAUAAAUUUGUUUUGAUGUGGUGCA